AUUGGGAAUAAUAAUUGCCUACCAAAACCAGUUGUUUAAAUCUUAUACUUUCAAAUAUAAAAGUAAUAAAUUUUUGUAUUUUUAUUUUAAUAUGAUUUAAUGAUAGCGGACGAUAAUGUUGUAAUUAAUCCUUCAAAACCUCUGGACUCUACUGAGUUGGAAAUCAUUAGUCUUCAUAAGGUUCUCACCGAAUGCUGGAGGAACAAAUCAUUUUACAAGGGAGGUGUUAUUCCAAAGCCGCUGUUCAGAAAAUAUGAUCACCUGGGUCGACACUCCACAAUUAUUGACGAAGACCGUGAUUUGGACGCUGAACUGGGAUCUAUUAUGGAAUUCACUGACCCUUCACUAAUCCCAGAUGAACUAAUGUUCACUCACAACUUAGAAGCCUUGAAUAGUGGCAUUGAGAACCAUGUGGGCCCCAAACAGAAGCUAAGCGCCAAGUUAAAGAGCAUGGAAUUGAGGGAGGAUAACUAUAAACAUGAAGAAUUCGAUCAUCCACACGUCGAAAAAGUCGAGAUGGAGAAUCUUUUCAACGAUGAUGACUAUGUUGUUGGGGAUUAUAAAUACUCGUUCUGUGAAGAAGAGGAUCUAGACCAUGAAAUUGAAUAUAAACUGUAAUAACUUAAUGUAUUUUACAUACUUUAUGUA